CCCGUUCUGAUUGGAAGGAUCUCGGUUCCGAAUAUAGUUGCAUUCGACCGACGCGGAGAUAAAGGCGGACAGCUCGGCACCACAGCGGAUCCCCGAGGUCUAGAUUUAAACACGAAUCACUCUGGAAAUCACUCAUUUUUGGCCUUCUCUUGUCAUUUUUCAGUAAAUAGAGCGCCCUUUUCCAUGGUGCUACAUUUUACGAAAUUUCUAGACUAUGGCAAAACUCAAGGUCCUCGUUAGUGGUGCUGGUAUCGCAGGCGGCGCCCUUGCAUUCUGGCUCGUCAAAUUAGGUCAUGAUGUCACCGUCGUCGAGAAGCAUCCCGGACUUCGCGCUACGGGGCUUCAAAUCGAUUUACGAGGUCAUGGUAUCCAAGUCCUGAAGCUGAUGGGCCUUGAAGAUGAUUUCCGAGCUAGAAUGGCGCCGGAACAAGGUAUGCAGGUCGUCAAUAGCGCGGGUAAACCACAAGCCUACUUCCCUGCGAACAAUACGGGAGAGGGGCCGCAGAACUUCACUACCGACUAUGAGAUCAUGAGAGGAGACCUGUGUCGUCUAUUCUACGAUAACACGAAACAUUCGGCUAAGUACAUCUUCGGAGCUUCCAUCGAGAGCUUCGAGGAGAAGGAUGACGGCAUCGAGGUUCGACUUUCAGAUGGUACGACGGAUCGGUUCGAUCUCGUGGUCGGUGCUGAUGGUCAGGGCUCGCGCACUCGGAGGUUGAUGCUUGGGUCCGAUCGUACGGAGAGGCUUCACCUCUUCCCACUCCCAAAUUUCUACGCUGGGUAUUUCACGACACCUCGACCUAUGAAAGAAGGCGAGGAGUUUAAUGCGACGGGGUACACAGCGACUGGGAGACGUGCUAUCAUGAUGCGUAGGCACAGUCCGGAUGAGGUGCAGAUAUACCUCAUUGUUAGACGUGAGUCCCCGCGGCUUGAUAAGACGGCCCGGGGAGAUGUGAAGGAAGAAAAGGAUGCGUUUGCGGAGAUUUUCAGGGGUGCGGGGUGGGAAGCGGAUAAUAUCGUCAAAGCCAUGUACGAGGCGGAUGACUUUUACCUUGAGCGCAUGGUCCUCGUUAGGUUGGAUGCUUGGUCUGAAGGUCGUGUGGUGCUCCUCGGAGAUGCGGCGUAUUGUCCGACGGCGACCACGGGAAUGGGCACUACGGCUGCCCUUGUUGGCGCGUUCGUCCUGGCUGGUGAGAUCAGCAAGCAAUUCAAUGCGGAUUCUGAGGUAAAUGGUAGCAAUAAAGAGGCUCUAGCGUCUGCCCUCAAGGCCUAUGACCAGACGUUCCGACCUUUUAUUGACCAGAUACAAGAGGGGAUUGUGGAGGGCGCGAAUCGAUGGGGCCAUUUGUUACCGACGUCAGCGUGGGGCAUCACUAUCUUAAAUUUCAUCCUGUGGGUUGUCGCCACACUGAGGCUGGACCUCUAUGCGCAGUAUUUCACUAAGGAAAAAGUGAAAUGGGAUGUCCCGGAUUAUCCAGAUAUGGUACGCAAAUAGGUUGGCUACCUCCUUAAGGGUCAUUUCCCACCAGCCCGCUUGCCAUCCUCUGCACGCCAUUUCGAUGACAUUCUUCACUAUUCGCCUCUAAGUUUAAUAUAUGUUAUUGCCAGUUGUUGUUGAUAACAUCAACAAUGACACCAU